AUGAGACAUUGGGACGGGGAGGAGCUUGAAUUUCGCGAGUUCUUUGAGGCUGAAACAGUGGAGGUUGGUGCGAGCGUUGCAACUGCCAUGGCCCAGCUUCUCAGAGAUUCUUCGAUUCAGCACAGGUUAAAGGAGUUCGCGAUUAUGAUCAUCCGACGGUCUCAGGCUCCAGCAGAGGUGGUUGUCUACGCAUGUGGCCUAGUUAACCGAAUCAACUAUCAAGUCCGAGGAUCCCUCAAUUCCCGCAAUAUUAGGCGAUAUUUAUUCAGUGCUAUUAUGAUAUCAUACGACCUUGUUUGUCGAGAAUCCCCAACCCUGGAGUCGUGGGUCAUCAUAUCGAAGAAUAAGUUCAAUCUCCAACAAGUUAUUCUUUUACAGCAGGCUUUUCUUUCAAUUAUUUCCUGGAAUCUCUUGAUAGAGCGGGCAACCUUUGCCUUCGCAGUAGAACAUCUUAUGAACAGUCUUGCAAAAGUGCGGAACCCAACGACGGACUCAGUAGCCCGUGUCGCCGGAACCAUCAUGAAUUCUAGAUUCGCUUCUGCAUGUCAAUCUGCUAACAUAUCUGACUGUUCUUCAGAGACUGAAGACAGCAAGUAA